CCGCCGCCCCCCGCCCGGGUGGGAGCCGGUUGCCAUGGGAACGCGCCGCGGCCGGAGUUAAUCAUUUCCUGUGGAAAGUGUGCGGGAGGGGCGCUAGCUGGGCGGGCGGAGGAGGCGGCGGCGUGGAGCUGCCUCCCGCCGGCGGGCCGGGCCGGGCCGAGCCCCCGGCACUGCGGCGACGCCGGGAUCCUGCCUCCGCCAGGCCGGCCGCCAGGCCCCCGGACGAGGCUGCUGAGCCCCGGGCCAUGGUCCCAUCGCGCAGGACGUGGAACCUGGGAGCCACGCCCUCGCUGCGCAGCCUGUGGAGAGUGGGCCGGGCCGGGGAGCCCGCGCCGGGGAUGGCUCGCCCCGCCCCAGCCAGCCCUGCCACCCGCCCUUUCCCACACACCGGCCCGGGGAGGUUGAGAACUGGGCGAGGAAAAGACAUCCCAGCCAGCGGUGACGAGGACACCAGCACCCGAAGUGCAGCUCGCCCGGCCCUGGCUCAGUGCCGAGCCCUCAGCGUGGACUGGGCUGGCCCCGGGAGCCCCCACAGGCUCUACCUGACCGUGCAGCAGGCCCUGCUGGACAAGGGGUGCAAGAGCAAGAGUCAGGGGACAAAAGAAGAGAAGCUCCUGAAGAGGCAGGCACUGGCCCCCAGGCGGGACCGGGAGGCCCAGGAAGCUGGUGGCACCAUGAAUAUAGAGAAAACAGGUGGGCGGCUCUUUGGCAGCGGGAGGUGCUCGAGCCUGUCGGGGCCGCCAGGUGCGGCCCCCGUGGUGCAUAGGAUGGUGGAGGCCAUGUCCCAACUGCAGGAGGAGAAAGCCCGGCUACAGGAGGAGCUGGCGGCCCUACGGGAGAGGCUGGCCCUCCAAGACAGUGACCAGCCAAUCACAUCCACCCAGCUGCAGAACCAGGUGGAAAACCUGAAGGAGAAGCUCAUUAGCCAGGCCCAGGAAGCAAGCCGUCUUCGAUCAGAGCUGGGGGGCACCGACUUGGAGAAGCACUGGGACCUGCUGAUGGUGGAGAAUGAGCGGCUGAGGCAGGAGAUGCGGCGCUGCGAGGCUGAGCUGCAGGAGCUGCGCACCAAGCCAGCUGCCCCCUGUGUGGGCUGUGAGCACAGCCAGGAGAGCACCCAGCUCCGGGACAAGCUGUCACAGCUGCAGCUGGAGGUGGUGGAGAACAAAGGCAUGUUGUCAGAGCUGAACCUGGAGGUGCAACAGAAGACCAACCGGCUGGCCGAGGUGGAGCUGCGCCUCAAGGACUGCCUGGCCGAGAAGGCGCAGGAGGAGGAGCGGCUCAGCCGGCGCCUGCGGGACAGCCACGAGACCAUCGCCAGCCUGCGGGCCCAGUCGCCGCCCGUGAAGUAUGUCAUCAAGACCGUGGAGGUGGAGUCGUCUAAGACCAAGCAGGCCCUCAGUGAGUCCCAGGCCCGGAACCAGCACCUGCAGGAGCAGGUGGCCAUGCAGAGGCAGGUGCUGAAGGAGAUGGAGCAGCAGCUGCAGAGCUCGCACCAGCUGACCGCGAGGCUCAGGGCACAGAUCGCCAUGUACGAGGCAGAGCUGGAACGGGCACACGGGCAGAUGCUGGAGGAGAUGCAGUCCCUGGAGGAGGACAAGAACCGGGCCAUCGAGGAGGCCUUUGCCAGAGCCCAGGUGGAGAUGAAGGCUGUGCAUGAGAACCUGGCAGGCGUCCGGACCAACCUGCUGACGCUGCAGCCAGCGCUGCGGACCCUCACCAACGACUACAACGGGCUCAAGCGGCAGGUGCGCGGCUUCCCCCUGUUGCUGCAGGAGGCCCUCCGGGGCGUCAAGGCCGAGAUCGGCCAGGCCAUCGACGAGGUGAACAGCAACAACCAGGAGCUGCUGCGCAAGUACCGCCGGGAGCUGCAGCUGCGCAAGAAGUGCCACAACGAGCUCGUGCGGCUGAAAGGGAAUAUCCGGGUGAUCGCUCGGGUCCGGCCAGUCACCAGAGAGGACAGAGAAGGACCUGAGGCGACUAAUGCUGUGACCUUCGAUCCCGAUGAUGAUUCAGUCAUUCACCUGCUACAUAAAGGAAAGCCUGUGUCCUUUGAGCUGGACAAGGUCUUCUCCCCGAGGGCCUCACAGCAGGACGUGUUCCAGGAAGUGCAGGCCCUGAUCACCUCCUGCAUCGAUGGUUUCAAUGUCUGCAUCUUCGCCUAUGGCCAGACGGGCGCCGGCAAGACCUACACGAUGGAGGGGACCCCUGAGAACCCAGGCAUCAACCAGCGGGCCCUGCAGCUGCUCUUCUCCGAGGUGCAGGAGAAGGCGUCUGACUGGAAGUACACCAUCACAGUCAGUGCGGCCGAGAUCUACAAUGAGGUCCUCAGGGACCUGCUGGGGCAGGAGCCCCAAGAGAAGCUGGAGAUCCGGCUGUGCCCAGAUGGCAGUGGGCAGUUGUAUGUGCCCGGACUGACUGAGUUCCAGGUGCAGGGCGUGGACGACAUCAACAAGGUGUUUGAGUUCAGCCACACCAACCGCACGACAGAGUUCACCAACCUGAACGAGCACAGCUCCCGCUCACACGCCCUGCUCAUUGUGACAGUGCGCGGCGUGGACUGCAGCACAGGCCUCCGCACUGCGGGUAAGCUGAACCUCGUGGACUUGGCUGGCUCAGAGCGAGUGGGCAAGUCGGGGGCUGAGGGCAGCCGCCUGCGGGAGGCACAGCACAUCAACAAGUCCCUGUCAGCGCUGGGAGACGUCAUUGCUGCCCUGCGAUCCCGUCAGGGCCACGUGCCCUUCCGCAACUCCAAGCUCACCUACCUACUGCAGGACUCACUCAGUGGGGACAGCAAGACCCUCAUGGUGGUGCAGGUGUCCCCCGUGGAGAAGAACACCAGUGAGACGCUCUACUCCCUCAAGUUUGCUGAGAGGGUCCGCUCUGUGGAGCUGGGCCCCGGGUCCCGCAGGGCAGAGCUCGGGUCCUGGUCUAGCCAGGAGCAUCUGGAGUGGGAGCCGGUGUGCCAGACACUGCAGCCCGCAGCACGAGCACAUUCAGCCCCUGGCUCCGGGACCGCUAGCCGCCCGGGCUCCAUCCGGAGGAAGCUGCAGCCCUCAGCCUGACGGCUGGGGCUGCAGUCUCCAGGCAAGUUGAGGCCAGUGCCUGUAUGAUGGACACAUCCACCCUGCCAGACCAGAGCUGGGCCCUGAGGCCUCGCUGGCCUGCGUCUGCUGCAGUGCCAGGAGCCUGGACCCAAGGCCAGAGUGGAGGUUCCUCUUCUGCCCCAUCUCUCCUGAGAGGAGAAACAUGUUCAGAAGGAAAUGGUGUCUCUCAGCUGUGGCUCUGGAUGCAAAUGCAUGGGCUUGAAGGGCAGAGACGGCCCACUUCACCUGGCAGGCCCCAGCCAUCAGAGUGGGCCCUCUGGGGAGGGGUGCAGUCCAUGGGAGGGUGGGCCCCUUCCCUGGACUGACCCAAUCCUCUCCAGCCCAUGGGGCCCCUCUGCAGUCGGGGACUGAGGAGCCUCCUGAAGGCACAGGAACCGUGGGAACUGGGCGGUUGGUGGGCACCCUGGGGCAACCCUGCCCCCCUCUCCAAACCCCCAGCCCCCACUGGCGUGUACAUAGUGUUCCUAGGUGUACAUAGGUAUUUAUGGCCUGCAGGGGGCCAGUGGGUGGGGAUUGUGCUGCUCCCCCUCAUCUGCCUGGCACCAGGCUCUCUCCUUGCUCACUGGCCUCUUGACACUUUCCUCCCUCUGAAAUCCUAUUUAAGAACUUUUGGAAGCUUAGCCAUUUUUACUUAUUAAAAUAAAAACCUUUUACACAA